AUGGAUUACAGUGACUUCGAUUUUCCGCCAAAUCCUACUGAUGAGAAUGACGAGCACGGCGCAGUUCCGUGCCUAAACAAUGAUAUUCCCCUGCAAGCGCUGUCAAGCACUCCCGUGGAGCAGCUUCCACCAACGACGUUACCACCAAACCAGCAGCGACCCAUACGGCAAGCGAUACAGGCUAAUCAAAAGCUCGUGAUGACGGCAAGAACGCAACAUCGAGCAGUUGCCGUGAAAAAAAAUGAGGGAGAUCAUGAUGACAGGGAGCAGAAGGAAGAGAUGGACGAAGAUAGUGAGGAGGAAGAAAACGCAAAAAAAUUGUUCGGUUGGCGAAAGCGAUCGCGAUUUAGUUGGACAGAAGAAGAGUUGGUAGACUUUUAUAAAUUCCUCUCACAGUAUGGAACCGACUUCAAUGCCAUUGCAGUUCUAUACACGGACAAAUCCCGCGAUGAGGUUAAGCGGCUUUACCACCGCGAACUUCGUAGGCGACCAGCUGAUGUACGCGCCGCUUUGGCAUCGCGGACGAGUAUAGAUCUCGCAACCUUCAACACCCGCCUGAAGAAAAGGGAGGAGAAAAGACAACAGGCGCGGAACCGUAAGUUAGACAAGGAAGAAGAGGAAACACUCCGUCAGCUGGAGGCAGGCACUCUGCAACUUCUUCCCACUUCAGAAGUGGCAACAGAUCCCGGAGGGACCGCGAAUGCAGAUGUUGAGUUUAGUUUUGAUUUCAAGGAGGAGUCACACGCGCAGAAGUCGGAUAUGGUGGAAAGUUUGCCACUACCUGCUGAAGGAGCGGUUGGUGAAAAGGAAGAUGACAAGGGUUUGGUGGGUUCCCCAGAAAACGUACUUGAGGGAACAGAAAAAACGUACACCGACGAUUUCAUUAUUGAUUGGUAA